AGAGAUUGCUUAGCGCGCAGAAUAAAUUGACAGCGCAGGCUAACUGCUAUUUCUAUUCAUCGAAGAUUUCGUAAACCAAAAUUAUAUUCUGGUCUUCUCGAUUGAAUUACUCCUUCGAUAGAUUUGUAGGCAUCUGUUUUGUGAUUCUGUUGGCUUCACUUCGAAUUGUAAUGGUUCAUCGUCUGCAAACUCCCGUAACGUGCACAUGAGUAAUAACCUUGGACUUAAAGUCGAACAAGUAGUUUUUAAAAUACUUUAGAGUUUUCGACUCAGGUUCGUUGGUUUUAUCGCGACUCCAACAACAAACGUUGGGUACCGUUUAGUGGUUACGAUUCUAUCAAUUUGGAGUUGAAUUAUCGAAGCCGCCUUGUCUGUAAUAAAAGCGACUGUCUGUUUGAUCAAACUGGAGCUGCAAUAUGCAACUCAGAACAGUCUUCCGUCAAUCACAAAGUAUCUGUAAGGGGUGGACUUUAUGAAGCAGAUAUUGAUAGGCGAUGUUGUGUUCCUACUUACUGGCCGGGUAAAUUUCGUUUAAGAUACGAUGUAUUCCUGUGUCGUUUAUAUCUGCUUAAGUCUACUGUGUGAUUUUAUUUCGUUCUCUGCUUUUCCAUUCUGAGUAUCGGUUUUUUUAUUGUCUACUGGAACUCAAUAUCAUUCACAGAUACAAUACAGACGAACUAUAGUCAGUUAAAGCUGUUAAUUUUGAAUGUUUCAGUUAAACGUGAUGUACUUUAACUUCUAGUUCUUUGUAUUACGCCUGAAGUAGAAUUUUUUAUAUCCUUAAAACGUCAUUUUUCUAUAGCGAAGGCGCUUAGAUAUUUUUUAAAUCAGGCAAUGGAUACGCAUUUCCGUAUAUUUUAAGCGUGUUGGUUGGUAUGUAUUUACUGAAGGGUAGACCAGCUUAUCGUUCUGUAGUACCACAAAAAGCGAUCUGUUUUUCAUCUUAAAAAACUGAAUAUAUUCCCCCACAGUGGGUAAAAUAGUUAAGCAGUAAUUGCAUAUAUUAUCAGUAUGAAAGAUAAGAUUUCAAACCCGUCUUAAAUUACAAACAUGAAACCUUUAUUUAAGAACUGAGUUUUUCAGUGUUCGCUAAAACUAAUUUUGUCUACAUCUCAUUGAUUUCAGUAACCGAUUACUGUCAUUAGAUAUGCGUAAACUGUAUUUUGAUUUCUCUUCAGUUGAAAGGUGUCCCGCACGUAUUUUGCGCGGCACUUGGUUUCGCGAAGGUUAUGGUGGUACCCUUGAACCUUUUGAUGAUGAGUCAAUGGCUGAACGUUUAGAAGCGGAGUACAUCACUUGGUACUUAAGAAAACCUCAGAAUAUCGCUAUCUCGGAUAAACCUUUGUACUCAAAUAGCAGUUUGUUCACUAGAAUAGAUGUCAGCACACCACUUCAUUCUGUUGUUAGCGCUCCAACUCUUCGGUAUGCAGAUGCUGUAAAAACAAGCGAAUUGGUUGCCGAAAAUUCUCAGUCCUCUCGUUCUGAAAAUAAAGAUUUAACAAUUGGAGUAGAAAACUAUUCAGAUGAUAACGUCUGUGGUUCCACUGUGUUGAAAAAACGAGUUCCUUGCCAAACGAUUCACUUCACUGAUUGUCAUGUCGAUUGUUAUGGAGAAAAUGAGUUGUAUUUGUAUUAUGAAUCCACUAGCUUAUAUAUCAGACAAAAACUGGGAAUGCAGAAAGUCGGUACUCGUUUGUGUCGUGGUUUUAAUGAUUUGGCCCUAAAGGAGGAUAAAAUCGCCGAUGUUUCUCACCUUUGUUUUGUUAUCCAUGGGAUCGGUCAAAAAAUGGGUACCAACCUUAUUCUGAACAAUUGCAAUGAGCUUCGUGAUACUUGUGACAAAAUAAAAACUCGUUACUUUUCACAUUUGGAUAAAGAAAAUAAACGUGUGGAAUUUUUACCUGUUGAAUGGCGAACUGUUUUACAGUUAGACGGUAAUACAGUUGAAUCAAUCACUCCUGUUCAUCUUCGAGGACUUCGUACAGUUCUGAAUUGUUCUGCUAUGGAUAUUAUGUAUUAUACUAGUCCUUUGUAUCGAGCUGAAAUUAUUUGCAGUUUAAAAAGUGAACUCAAUAGAUUAUAUGAUAUGUUUCGUCGGUUGAAUCCUGAUUUUGAAUCUCGAGGUGGAAAAGUUUCAAUAAUUGCUCAUUCUCUUGGAUGUGUCCUAGUUUACGAUCUAAUUACCGGCUGGAAUCAAGUCCAUGAUAAUGAUCCAUUAACUGAAAUCUUAUUAAAUAAAUCAACUGAUAAAAAUAUAUUUUUUCAUUCAGCUUCCACGAAAUUGUCAAAUAUUACGGAUAAGACUUUACCAAACAAUAACUUGAAUGUGCUAUAUCCUGAUCACAGACUGUCGUCUAAUGGAAACUUGGAACAAAUUGCUCGUGUUAAUAUUCGGUUGGAAACUGCAAGGACAUUGGUGAAUAAUUUAGAACAGGAAUUAAGCAGCUUGCUAUUUACUCGUGACAAUCACAUGAAUUGUGAUUCUCAGAAGUCAAAUGUUAGUAAUAAUCAUCAGGACGACCAGUCAGUAUAUAGUAAACCUUCAGUAUGUCACCCAAACUCUUCAUUACAUCAACAAAAUCCUUUAUUGUUUGCGGAUAAUCUAGAAAACCUUUUCUGCUUGGGCUCACCUUUGGGUGUGUACUUGGUUUUGCGUGGUAUCCGCCCUGGUCCUUUUCAAACUCAAGACUCAAUACUUCCUCGAAAAAUUUGUCCCCGGAUUUUUAACAUUUACCAUCCAGCAGAUCCUGUAGCUUAUCGUUUAGAACCAUUAAUUUUAAAAUAUUAUUCCACUAUCCAACCAGCUCUGAUUCAUCGAGUUGAUGCUGUUUCAAAACCAUGCUAUGACACACUUCCUUUGCUUGAAUAUUCUGGUAAAGAAUUCAAACAUCCAAAACCACAAAAUUGUCAUCAACAAGUAGCGAAAAACCCUUGCUCAGAUACAAAUCAACUUAUAACCACACAAGAUGCAGAUUCCUCUAGACGUUCAUCAAUUGCUAGUCGAUUAUUUGGUUUCUUCUCACGAGCACCAUAUUUACCUGGUGGAAGUCAAGAAACAGGAGGAAUCGAUCUUACUCUUUCCGAAAAAAUAUCUAACCAUGACAAUGAUGAGAAAAUUAAUUCUAUAGAGAAAUGUUCUGAGUUUUGUAAUUCUACAAAUAAAAAAGAUGAAAAAACAACAAAUUCAUUUACUUCAUCAUUAUCAUCUAAUGAUUUAUUUGAAAAUGAUUUAUGUUGUUAUGAACCGUUACAACUUGAAUGUCGAUUAGAUUUUGAAUUACAAAUAUCACGUUAUGAAAAUAUGUACCUUUCUCUAUUGACUUCACAUACUAGCUAUUGGACUAAUCCAGAUAUUUGUAUGUUUAUCAUGACAUAUUUAUUUCCAUUAAAACCCGGUUCAACAGAUUAAAAUAAUCAUAAUACCAUUUGUGUUUAUCUCCAAAAAUAUUGGUUUAUUCUGUGUUUUUUUCUUUUUCUUUUUCUUUUUAAAAAAUUUUUUUAUUUACUUUUUAUUGGUAAAUAUUUCUACCGUAAGAUGUUGUUAUGCUUUAUUUUAUUUAAAUGUUCAACUUUGUCAUACUACUAUCUUCUUGUUAAAUAGAUUAAAAGAUUAUCAACCACUUACUUACAUCAUUUAAUAAGUUAAAACAUUAUUAUUUUAUAUUUCCAUUAUCAUCAAUCCACUUAUUUAAUAAAUAAAAUUUAUCAGAAACUAAGUAAGAAAAACAACUGAAUUCUUUCCAUACAGCAUUACACAUUCUGUAUAUUUGUGUAUUCCAUUUAUGGAUGGAUGAUUAGUCUAGAUCACUAAUUCUAUCCUUAAGUCUUUCAAUAAUUAUGUUCUUUAAAUGUUUGUUAUUAUUGUCAAUGUCAUUGUAUUCACCAUCUCUAUAGAGUUCUGAUAAUUUGAUCAUUGUCACUACAAGAAAGUAUCAUAUAUUGUAAAUUAAUUUUUCCUAACAUACUAUAUGUAUUCAUUCAUUUAUCGGACGUUUAUUCUCUCUUUCUCUCUCUUUUCAUUAUCACUUUUUUCCAUCAAUAUUUCAAUAAUUUUACUUGAUAUAAUUGAAGCUUUUCAAUAUUUUUAUCAUUAUUCCAAAUAAUACUCAUUUAUUAUUGUAUAUAUAUGUAGAAUGCAGUGGAAAUGUUAGGUUG